AGCCGGCAGAGCAAACAGAUUUGUUCAUACGUUCAACCAGGCAGCAUGAGGGGUCUGUUGACGAUAUUGGCGUACGUCCUGGCGUUCGUGACGUUAACGCUAGGUGAACGUAUUAGAUAUGACGGCCACCAAAUAUGGCGAGUGAUUCCUACUUCUCGAAUCCAGCUGGAUUUUCUGGGCAUUCUGAAGGAAGAGUCACAAAAGUUUCAGUUGGACUUCUGGAAAGAACCAUCGGCUCUUCACAGACCAGUGGUGUUCAAAAUACCUCCAAGCAAGCGUAAUGAGAUUUACAUCCGACUCGGACUCCAGGGUCUGGUUCCAGAAGUUACGUUAAAAGACCUGCAGAAGAACAUUGAAAAGGAAGACGCUCUCUAUACUCAGAAGUCCUUUAAUGGGUUGGAGAAUUUCGACUACAGCAAGUACCAUCCUUUGUCUGAUGUGAAUGCGUGGAUGGAACAGAUGGCAAACAGUUACUCAAACCGUGUCGAACUAUUCAACAUUUCCAGCUCUUAUGAAGGAAGGACAAUUACAGCCAUGAAGAUAACGGGUGCAAACAGCAGCGAUUCAAGGCCUGGUUUUUUCUUCAACGGAGGAAUUCACGCUAGGGAAUGGAUAUCCCCUGCCACUGUUAUCUACAUGGCCGCCCAGCUAAUCGAGCAGUACGGCAAGAAUCAGGAAAUAACAGACCUACUGGAUGAAAUUGACUGGUAUAUACUGCCGGUUUUUAAUGUGGAUGGUUACGAAUAUACUUGGACAAAGGAUCGCAACUGGCGGAAGACUCGCUCCAAACAUUUUCUGUGCCAUGGGGUUGACCCUAACCGCAACUGGGACUGGGAAUGGUGUAAAAAUGGUGCUAGCAAAGACCCCUGUUCAGAUACGUACUGUGGACCGAGGCCGUUUUCAGAGUCAGAGGUGAAAGGCGUGGCUGAUUUCCUGAAUUCUGUACCAGGGCGGUUCCGGGCUUACAUCGACUUCCACAGUUUCUCUCAACUUUGGAUGACACCAUGGGGAUAUACUACAGCUCUCCCCCCGGAGUUCCCAGUCCAGGAUAAAUGCUCCACGACAGCUACUGAUGCGCUGACCGCUGUACACGGCACCGAAUACAAACAUGGGAACAUAGCCAGUACUAUAUACACUGCCAGUGGAAGCAGCGCAGACUGGGCGUUUGGAGCGGCCAAAAUACUUUACUCUACUGCUGUGGAACUACGGGAUACUGGAGAGUACGGCUUCCUUCUACCGGCAGACCAGAUCAUUCCGUCAGGGGAAGAAACUCUGCAAGGGUUACUGGCCAUGGCAAAGUUCAUUUUGAACAAUCCCUAG